AUGACGGGACUGGAUCACAAUAACCUUUUUUCGGUCCACUCACUGUCACAGGAGCCUCGGCUGGAUCAUUUCUUUGGUGGAAUAAAACCUAUAAGAGAUUCUAGGAGUGUGAUUUCGUUACCUAGUAAUAUGCAUGGACGGUUAGUGCAACCGACUUCGCCAACGUCUAGGUUAAUGACGCAGAGAGUUGAGCUUUCUGAAGGUGAUGAUAUAUUUAGCGCUCAGAACAUUAGAGUUGUGACUUACCAGGAGUGGCGUGCGCAGCGACUGGAUGCGCUGAAAGAUACACUUAUUUUGGAUCUCAGCACGCCGGGGUAUGAGUUCGGGAGUGCAUGUAAUCAAAUUCAACUAUCUUUUCCUAGUACAUUACUUCGCCGUCCUAGUUUUACGUUUGAGAAGUUAAUGGGCACAUUAAAUGACUGUACCCGAGAAAGAUUGAUCAAACAGCUUGCGUCUUGUACGCGUAUACUUAUAUUUGAUGACGGGUCUCUAUUCAUGACGAGCUGUUUUUACUCAACCGUCGCAGUGAUUCGUAAGCUUGUUGAUUAUUUAUCCAAGCAAAAAGGACCAAAAGCAACAGAUAUUUAUCUUUUACAAAAUGGCACUAGGUCCAUGCAGCAUGAGCAACGUCAACACCACUAUGUGUCGCCAACGCUUACUUCGCCUACCCAAGCGAAUAAUAAUACCAGUCAUGUGCAGCAUCCCGUUGCAAAUAAUACUCGCACUGAAAACAGUGGCAAGCCGAAGAUCUCACUUAGGUUACAUAUUCCAAGGCAUGAUGAAACUACAAAGUAUACUGCAAUACCAACUACAUCCACUAAAGGUAGAUGCGCAGAUAUAACUGGUACCAAAUCAUCUGAACUGUUUAUACAGUCUAUGAAGGGGGAUACACUGCAUUAUUCACCUGAGUCCCUUUAUAAGUAUUUCAGAUAUCGAACACCCAGUAAAUUACCGCGAUGCGUACCACAGUGGUUUCAUCCAUUUAACCGUACUGGGGACCAAAUUUUGCUAGAGUUAUUAGCUAAAUUUGAACUAUUAGAGUUGUUAGAGGUUAAACGGCUUCGAAAGUGCAUAGCCCCUAAUGAUUCAAAUUCAUUUUCCAGAUCUUCAACUGUCAAAACACGGCUUUAUUCCUUAAAAGAGUUGGAGAAACAGUAUGUCCCUUCACAUAAACUUCAGUCUGAAACUGAAGAGAACAAGGACCUAACCACUGAUCGAUAUAGCGAUGAAGAUACAUACACCAGCAUUCAAAAUAAUGGAUUCAAUUGGGACAAUAAUAAUACUUGCGAUAUAGAGGACUGUGAGAGCGAUUUAAUCCCAGAGAAUACAAUUUGUAGCCACAGUAACGGGACUAGCGUGUCUGAAAGGACUCGUGUGCAAGAUGAAGAAGUUCUGGAAACACCAUUAGAUGAAUAUGGUAUUUCGCAAGGAAUUAAUUCGUUUACAAAGAACCGCUAUUCUAAUAUAAUACCCUAUGAGCACACACGUGUGAAGCUAGAACCCUCACCUCUCCACCAUGAACCCAGUCAACGGAUUAAUCCUCAAUCCGCGCUCCCUUAUCAGUCUACAGUUGAAAGCAAAGGGUCAGAUAAGAUGGUUGAGCAUUUAAAAGUUCCUAUUUCAUCGUCAUAUUUUUCAAAUGCGUUCGAGCACAAUUCAGAAAAAUAUCCUGAUACGUCAUCAUGUGAGCCAUUUAAUGAUUAUUUUAACGCAAAUUACUUGAACCUUCCCGAAAUUAAUCCCAGUUGUAGAUAUAUCGCUACGCAAGCCCCUUUAUUAUCCACCAUCGAUGAUUUCUGGAAAGUGGUAACCACGAAUGACGUACAGGUUAUUAUAUCGUUGAAUUCUGAUGAUGAGUUAAACCUAAGGAAAUGGGAUAUCUAUUGGAAACCCGAUAGCAUGCGAAAGUAUGAUAUAACAAUCUUAAAUUGCUUUGAGGAUUUACCCAAUUUGGAUGGUAUAAUAAUCCGGGAAUUUCAGGUUAGAAAGAAGCAAACAGUUGUAUCUUCUGAUUCGGAUGAUGAUUCCAAUAUCAGCUGUAAAACUCACAAUGUUUACCAAAUACAAUACACAAAGUGGUUAGAUUCCUGCGGCAUAGUAAUGUCUGACUUUUUGCAAUUAUACAGAAUAAAGAACGCCUUAGUUCAUCAGCCAGAGAUUCUUAUUGAAAAACUCCGAAGUCAUGUUCCAGGAUCGAAACAACCAAUUUCACUCGAUAAUUUAACAACCGAAGAUACCUUCCUUGGUACAGAAAUAAUGUCUCCAUUGCUAGUGCAUUGUAGUGCAGGUUGCGGGCGCACUGGAGUAUUCAUUACCUUGGACUUCUUACUCACUAUAUUACAGCCUCCUUAUCAAAAAAUGAACAAAAUUGAUGUAUGGAAAAUGAAUGAAGAUCUUAUAUUUAUUGUGGUAAAUGAAUUUAGAAAGCAAAGAAUUUCUAUGGUGCAGAACUUGACACAGUACAUUACCUGCUAUGAAAGUCUAUUAGAAUUUUUUGCAAUAAAUGACGGUCAGGCGAAUACUUAA